AUGUCGCAGGGCCUUCGGGAAAAGUUCGACGUCAAAGGCUCUGCAACCUGCGGGCGUGGACUGCGUGCGCGUUACAGGAAGUGCCCUUCAGGUGGUUGCGAUGGACGACGAAACGACGAGAUUGAAGACUGUGAGAUGGCCGCUUGCUCGGAAUGGGGAUCUUGGUCAGAGUGGUCAUCAUGCUCGGCCACGUGCGGAUUGGGAACGAAGAUUCGAGACCGUUCAUGCAAUGGCACCACGUGCCACGGUAAAAGAAGCGACAUGAUUACCUGCCGGAUGGAUCCGUGUAGUCAGUCGCUUUCUUUAUCAGGCAAAGGUAUGAACGUGUUUAGAUUUUAUUACGCCGCCGAUGGACGACUAACCAGUGUUGCAAACAUGUUCUCUUUUGAAUUCGUUUAGUG